AUCAUCAUCAUAAAAAUACACAUACAUGUGAAAACAUUUUCUUUUUUUAGUUCGCUUUGUUCACAAUUGUUGUUGGCCAACUAGCCAGUAGGCCAAAGAUAGUUAGCCACGGUACGCUAGCUUUAACGUUCAAAAAAAACAGCUAGCGUGACAUAAAUUUCACCUUUUUUUUAACUGCUGCUACUUGCUGUUGUUAUUGUUGUUUUUCUAUUUUCUAUUUUCUAUCUUGAGUCGAAUCUGAAACCCUCCCUUACACAUACAAAUUGGAAGAAAUUGGUCCUGCAUAUAUUCUUUUUUGUUUCAUUGAAGAAUAAUAAAAUGGCAUCAGCACCAAUAAUCAUACCGAUUCUUUGUUUGAUCGUUAUUGCCGUCUUCUUACUACUUUGUACAUAUCGUGUAAUAAGAAGUUUAUUUGGAUGUCCACACCAAAAAUCUUCGUAUCUAUUUGAACCUGUUAAUCAAAAACGACGAUCAGUUCUGCCAUCAAAUCCAUAUACGAUUGAUCCAUCAUCACCAGCAUCGAAUGGAAGUACAGCUAGCCCGAAUUCUGUUUAUUAUAAAGGUGGCAUGUUAUUUUAUCCGGCAUUGGCCUCAGCCUCUGCACCCAGUCGAUCUCCAUCACCACCACGUGAUCCAGAUGAUGAUGAUCAUAAAAGUGAUAUACAAGAUGAAAUAAUUGAUUUAGAUACAGUAGAUACUCGUAUUGAUGGUGAAUCAUCAAUGGCAGAUACACCAUCACCUAAUAGUAGCAACACGACACGUGAAGAUACUAAUAAUCUAUUGACCGUACAUUCGACCGAUUCAUCUUCGCCAGAACAUUUGAAUAAUUUCAAACAUAUACCAGAUGAUGAACAUGACAAUAAUAGAUGGAAUAAUAAUCAUUUCGAAUCAGAUGUAUAAUUCUUCCAAUAAUUAACGAUAUAAACAUUGUUCAAAAACCACCAAAAAUUUUUAAAUUUUUUUCGACUCAAUUUCUUGAUUUCAACUUUCUUUGAUUAAUUAUAUUUUUUUUUACUCACAUAUCUAUUAUUAUAACAAUUUUUUUUCAUAUUUUGUGUCAUAUAAAACUUCAUUCAUUCAUACUCUUGGUUCAAUCAACCAAAUUUUUUUUGAAUUAUAAAUUACAAAUAUACUUUUUUAUAGAU